AAUGCAUUAUGUUAGAUGGAUCUACCAAUGAUUCAGAGUUAACCUACUGGUUGGUGCACACGUUUGUGAUUAGGGUUCCAUUACAGCACAAUUUAUAGUUAUGCCCCUAUAUAAUCUUGCCAGCCAGUCUACUCCUUGCUGCGAUGAGCCAUUGUUCCAUCGGAAAAAUAAAAUAAAAUGAGAAAAAACAUGGUGGGAAUACAUGUGCAGGGUAUUAACUGUCAACUUUUGAUAGAUUGUUGCUACCCAAAUCUGGGUAUCCUCCAAGGGUGGUGGGUGAGCACUUUUGCGACUGGUAAAGAAAGGUCCACACGUUAUUCAUGAAUUGUUGGUUUUAGGUCGCCAAAUUGUCUGGUUGAAUUUUAACCCAGUAGGUCGUCAAUCAACUGAUUAAGAAUUUUGUGCUGUACACGCCUUCUUUCACUGCCAUCGGUCACACGUAUAAUUAUACGACACGUCAACAUCUACCCGCGGGUCGUUCUUAUUCCUAUUUUUAUGAACAAGGUCCAACACAAAAGAGUUGGAAAAUGUCUUGGAUAUUCUACUGACCUGGAAUAGUCACUCUGGUUUCAUCACAUAGAACUGAAAGCAUCGCUUGGCAUGUCUACAUGCGCGUUAAACAAACUGACGAUUAAGGUAAAACCUCAUUCGCAAUCACUUUUAACUGCUUAUAAUUGACCGACAAGUGAUGUGACUAGAAGAUAUCACAUGCAUGAGGGUGACAUAACGAAAGUUCCUUAGAGGGUCCGCAUCACCAGUGCUUCCCAUAAUUUGGCCAAUCAGAUAUUUAUGGACCGGUUUAAUUUUUGGCCGCCACCCUAGUAGGAGGGAGAACUGAGAACUAUAGAUGCCAAAGAAAACUGUCCAACAUAUAUGAAGUUUUACUAUAAGCAAGACAAAGAACUGCUGAGAUUGGAUUCAGAUCUGGCAUUGUCAAAAGUGUUUUUGGACUAGUUGACUUAGAACGGUAAUGGCAUCGUGCCUCCUUUGGUCCCCUCCUCAACUAAUUUACAGUUGGAAAAAAAGAUAAAUCAAAAUCAAACUCUGAAGCAAAUUGUUGCUAGAUAUCUGCCUAUCCAUAUGCUAACAGAUAAAUUACGUGUAUAUAAUACACAUCUCCCUCUCUUGUCUUUAAUGGCUACACUCCACUUAUUCCUUUUUAUAUAUACGUUCAUGUCAUUCACGUUCUCUCCCUCUCCGACUCUCUCUCUGAUUCAGUAUCUUUCUUAAUUCAAAACAUGCAUAAAAUAUGACGACUCCCACAUCGAACCGGCCUUGGAUCAAGCCUGCCUCGUCUCUCUUUGGUUUUAAUAUAUCGCAUUUGUUGCUCUUGUUUUUUACCCUUUAGCUGCAAAAAUGGGAAAUUCAGCAAAUUGUGUUGCAAUCAAAGUUGAUGCAUAUUUGUUCAUGUAGUUUGUUCUCAGAAGAUGAAGGCUGCCAGAACAAGCAUGGAGUUGAAGAAAGAUAAGCUAGUGAGGUUUUAUAAUGAUGAGAAACAAGAUGGUAAUUUUUCCUGGGAAAAGAGUGACAUUACCCAAAAACACUUAAAAGAUCCACUGUCUGGUGAUAGAGCCAAGAAGACUACUAGAUUUAGAGGGUUUAAGGUUUUCCCAGAGAACCAUGAGCCACAUCAGAAGAAAGUUCUUGAUCCUGGGAGUGAUAUUUUCUUGAAAUGGAACAGGAUUUUUCUCAUAUCUUGCUUAGUAGCAUUGUUCGUUGAUCCACUGUUUUUCUACCUUCCUUCAGUACAUAAUGAUGACAGUUCAUCUUGUAUGGCAACUGAUUUGAACUUGGGAAUUGUUGUGACAUGUUUUCGUACGCUUGCCGAUAUGCUCUAUCUACUUCAUAUUUUCAUCAAGUUGAGGACAGCUUAUAUAUCACCAAAAACUAGAGUUUUUGGGAGGGGUGAACUUGUUAUGGAUCCCAAAAAGAUUGCUAGAAGGUAUCUGAGAUCAGAUUUCUUCGUAGAUCUUAUAGCUACACUGCCUCUCCCUCAGAUUGUCAUAUGGUUCAUCAUACCUGCAGUUAAAAGCUCCAGUUCUGGCCAUACCCAUAAUGCCCUUGUACUGAUUGUUCUGCUCCAAUAUGUUCCUAGAUUGUAUCUCAUUUUCCCACUAAGUUCUCAGAUCAUCAAAGCCACUGGUGUGGUCACAAAGACAGCUUGGGCUGGGGCUGCGUAUAAUCUCAUACUCUACAUGUUAGCUAGUCAUGUCUUAGGUGCUUCAUGGUACCUAUUAUCAAUCGAACGGUAUGCAACUUGCUGGAAGUCUCAAUGCAGAAAAGAAGUUGACCCCAUCAAGUGUUUUCUCAGCUACUUGGAUUGUGGUUCUUUGAACAAUGAUGGACGCCUGCAGUGGAUAAACAGUACUCAUGUGUUUAGUAACUGCAACCCGGAGAACUCCAUUGGUUUCAAUUAUGGCAUAUUUGAGAAUGCACUGACCAACAAUGUAGUCUCCUCCUCGUUUCUAGAGAAGUACUUGUAUUGUCUUUGGUGGGGAUUACAGAACUUGAGCUCCUAUGGUCAGACUUUGACUACAAGCACAUAUAUCGGUGAAACUUCUUUUGCUAUACUCAUUGCUAUUUUGGGUCUGGUUCUGUUUGCACACUUAAUUGGAAAUAUGCAGACCUACUUGCAAUCUCUCACCGUGAGACUUGAGGAAUGGAGGCUCAGGCGGCGAGACACAGAGGAGUGGAUGAGACAUAGGCAACUCCCUCAAGAUCUGCAAGAACGUGUUAGGAGAUUUGUGCAGUACAAGUGGCUUGCAACUCGAGGAGUUGAUGAAGAAUCCAUCUUAUGCGCCUUGCCUACAGAUCUUCGUCGAGACAUCCAACGUCAUCUAUGUUUAGACCUUGUUCGACGCGUCCCAUUUUUCUCACAGAUGGAUGGUCAGCUACUUGAUGCCAUAUGCGAGCGUUUGGUAUCCUCCUUGAGUACUCAAGGCACCUACAUUGUUCGUGAAGGUGACCCCGUCACCGAGAUGUUAUUCAUUAUCCGAGGAAAGUUAGAGAGCUCGACAACAAAUGGAGGUCGGACAGGUUUCUUCAACUCAAUUACUUUGAGACCUGGUGAUUUUUGUGGCGAAGAAUUGCUUGCUUGGGCAUUGCUUCCCAAAUCUACUCUCAACUUGCCUUCUUCUACAAGAACUGUCAGAUCACUUGAUGAAGUAGAGGCCUUUGCACUUAGAGCAGAAGAUCUCAAGUUUGUUGCUAAUCAGUUCCGACGACUUCAUAGCAAGAAGUUGCAACACACAUUCCGAUUCUACUCUUACCACUGGAGAACUUGGGCUGCAUGUUUCAUUCAGGUUGCGUGGCGUCGAUUCAAGAAGAGAUUGUUGGCAAAGAACCUUAGCAUGGUUGAGUCAUUUUCAUAUAAGUGUGACAACCAAGAGGAUGAUGAGGCAGAACAAGAAAAGGAGGAGGAGUACUCUAGGAGUAAUGCAGCUUCAAAUGCUUCACAAGCGAGACAGAAUUUGGGGGUCACCAUUCUGGCUUCGAGGUUUGCUGCAAACACGAGAAGAGGAGCUCAGAAAAUGAAGGAUGUUCAGUUGCACAAGCUGCAAAAGCCUGAAGAGCCAGACUUCUCAGUAGAGCCAGAAGACGACUAGUAACUACUUCAUUACUAUGUACAGAUUCAUAAACUUCUUUUUAACGCCUAUAGGAAAUUACAAGAACAUGGGUCAGGUACCCAGGUACAUUUGGAUUAACCGGAAGUAUAGAUGUUUCAUAUUUGCCACCUACUUGUUCUUGUUGACUGAACAUAAAUGUCCCUAUGUCCAUCCUGUGUUUAAUCUUCGCCGAAUCUGUUUAUUAAAGAACUACAGUUAGUCAGCACAAAAUGUCAUUUAAAA